AUGGAGAGAAGUGAGGAGAGAGAUGGCAGUGCCGGACCGGCAGGGCAGGAGCCGAGCAGUGGGGCACCGGGGCUGGCCCUGAAGAGGGAGAUUGGCCUGUGGAGUGCAGUGUCCAUGACCGCUGGCUGUAUGAUUGGCUCUGGCAUCUUCAUGUCCCCACAGGGGGUCUUGGUUUACAUGGGCAGUCCUGGAGCCAGUCUCGUUGUCUGGGCGACCUGUGGCCUCCUGGCCAUGAUGGGUGCCCUGUGCUAUGCUGAACUGGGCAGCCUGGUUCCUGAAUCUGGGGGAGACUAUGCCUACAUUUUGCGAACCUUUGGCUCUUUGCCUGCCUUCCUGGUUAUCUACACAUUUGUUCUGGUGGCCAAACCAGCUGCCAUCACCGCCGUCUCUCUGAGUUUCGCGGAGUAUACACUGGCUCCCUUUUACCCAGGCUGCUCCUCGCUCCCUCAGAUCAUGGUCAAGAUCGUUGCUUCUUCUUGCAUCCUGUUGCUGCUGCUGAUCAACUACUGGAGCUCACGGAUGUCCACGGUGGUGAUGAACGUGUGCACGGCCGCCAAAGUGUUCUCACUGCUUGUCAUUGUAGUAGGUGGGGCCGUGGUGCUGGCUCAGGGCCGUAGUCGUACAGAAUCCCCAGAAUCCCUGCCGUUUACCUUCCACAACACAACCCAGCAGGCAGGGCGCAUCGGCAUGGCUUUCUACCAGGGCCUGUGGUCCUUUGAUGGCUGGAAUAACAUCAACAUGGUGGUAGAGGAACUCAAAAACCCAAAGCGGAACCUAGUGUGGGCAGUGAUGAUUGCCAUCCCCCUGGUCACCAUCCUGUAUGUCCUGGUCAAUAUCAGUUACCUGCUGGUUAUGUCGCCCUUGGAGAUCCUCUCCUCUGACGCCAUGGCUGUGAGCUGGGGGAAUCAGGUUCUGGGGUCCUGGGCCUGGCUGGUGCCCUUGGCUGUUGCGCUUUCCACAUUUGGUACCGUCAACGGGUCGUUCUUCAGCGGCAGCCGUUUGUGCUACGCAGCUGCCAGAGAAGGUCACAUGCCCCAGCUUAUGUCCAUGAUUCAUGUGCAUCGACUGACACCAGCCCCAGCCAUGGUCUUCACCACUGCUGUGGCUUUGGUCCUGAUCAUUCCAGGCAACUUCAGCACCUUCGUCAACCUCUUGAGCUUCCUCUCCUGGCUCACCUCUGGAACCACCUUUGGCUGUCUCCUGUACUUGCGAAUAAAGACAAAGAAUCUUCCCCACACUUACAAGGUCCCCACCUUCCUUCCCGCCGUCAUGCUCCUGGUUUCUCUCUACCUGGUGCUGGCACCCGUCAUCGACCAUCCCCAGGUGGAAUUCCUGUACAUCUUCUGCUUCCUGCUCAGUGGCUUCCUGGUGUAUUUCCUGCUUUUCCACUUCCGGUGUCAGUCCAAGUGCAUGCAAGCGGCCACGACGCAUCUCCAGCUGCUCUUGGAAGUCGCUCCAACCACUAAAGGUCAUUGACUGGACAGUCAGAGGAGUCCCGCACUGUCCUCUUCACUGUUCCCACUGGUCCUCUGUACACCGACUAGGCAUCCUUCUAGUAAGCACUUAAUGCCACACAAUACAGCUGCUUUGAGGUUUGGGAAUAUCCACCGGGAUAUUAUCCCAUC